AUGUCUGAGAAGAAGGGAGAUAUGCCCCUUACGGGAAGAUAUCGAGUGCCUUACGUCUUGAUUCUUCUUGCACUCCUCUGGGGUGGAGAGAGAAUUCGGGCACAAAGAGCAGGUUGCAAGAAUGUCCACUAUGAUCUUGUCUUCAUCUUGGAUACCUCUUCCAGCGUGGGUAAAGAAGAUUUUGAGAAGGUCCGCCAGUGGGUGUCUAAUCUGGUGGAGACCUUUGAGAUCGGACCGGACAAGACCCGUGUAGGAGUGGUACGUUACAGUGACAGGCCAACCACAGAGUUUGACUUGGGAAGGUACCAAACUCGUGAGGAAAUCAAAAAAGCUGCAAGGAACAUUAAGUAUUAUGGGGGUAACACAAAUACCGGGGAUGCCCUCCGGUAUAUCAACACCUAUAGCUUUUCCAAAGAGGCUGGUGGGAGGCCUAGUGACCCACCCAUUAAGAAAGUGGCUAUCCUUUUGACUGAUGGAAGGAGCCAGGAUUAUGUCAUGGAUGCAGCCACUGCGGCGCGUAAGGCUGGAAUAAGGAUCUUUGCUGUGGGAGUUGGUGAGGCCUUAAAGGAGGAAUUGGAUGAAAUUGCUUCCGAGCCUAAAUCUGCUCAUGUGUUCCACGUCUCUGAUUACAAUGCCAUUGAUAAAAUACGAGGGAAACUGAGACGACGGCUCUGUGAAAAUGUGCUGUGUCCAAAUGUCCAUGUGGAAGGAGAUCGAUUUAAACACACCAAUGGAGAGACUGAUGAAAUCCCAGGGUUUGACCUGGUGGAUUUGUUCAGCGUGAAGGAAAUUUUUGGAAGGAAAGAAAAUGGAAUUCAGAGUUCUUAUGUACGACUUGGAAGCUUCCCCAUCGUGCAGAAAACUGAGGGUGUAUUCCCACAGGGCCUGCCUGAUGAAUAUGCCUUUGUAGCCACCUUCAAAUUCCGGAAGGCUUCCAGGAGAGAAGACUGGUAUAUUUGGCAGAUUAUCGACAAGUACGGCAUACCGCAGGUCUCUAUCCGCCUGGAUGGAGAGAACAAAGCCGUGGAGUACAGUUCCAUUGGGCUGACCAAGGACGCAGUACGAGUGGUCUUUCGAAAUGCCCGAGUCAGCGAUUUGUUUGACCGCAACUGGCAUAAGAUCGCCCUCAGCAUUCAAUCCAAGAGCGUCUCCCUCUACAUCGACUGCAAACUAGUGCAGACGUUGCCUAUUGAAGACAGAGAAAAUAUUGACAUUCAAGGGAAGACCGUGAUUGGCAAACGCCUGUAUGAUAGCGUACCCAUAGACUUUGAUCUUCAACGGAUGGUAAUUUACUGUGAUUCCCGACAUGCCGAGCUGGAAACCUGCUGUGAUAUUCCCUCUGGACCAUGCCAGGUGAUGGUCGUUACUGAAGCACCACCUGCUGAAAUAAGACCCACUGUCGGCAGUGAACAAGUGGGCCCCCCAAACACCCUCAACUGUUCCUGUCCUGCUGGAGAAAAGGGUGAGAGGGGCCCAGCUGGCCCUGAAGGUCCUAGAGGUCAAAAGGGAGAAAGUGGCAGCCAAGGACUUCCUGGUCUAAAAGGAGAAAAAGGAGACUCGGGCAGAGGAGCAUAUGGCAGAGGAGAGAAGGGAGAACAGGGAUCCCCAGGCUCACCUGGCCCCCCCGGGAGGGACGGAGCGAAAGGAGAAACCGGAGAACCAGGGCAGCCAGGGGCAUUUGGACUGCCUGGUCCAGCAGGCCCUAAGGGAUCUGAGGGCCAGCCAGGUCCACCAGGAAUUAAAGGCUAUGUCGGAGCACCCGGUCUGCAGGGAGAAAGAGGAGAAAAGGGAACUCGAGGAGACAAGGGAGAACGAGGUCUUGAUGGGUUCCCUGGGAAGCCAGGUGCGGAGGGGAAACAGGGCAGCACAGGCCCACCAGGUGCCAGCGGACCCAGAGGAGAAAAGGGACAUGUCGGUGAAGCGGGGCUUCCCGGAUUACCAGGCUCUGCAGUACAAACGGAAGGUCUGAAAGGAGAGCAAGGGGCCCCAGGCCCACGAGGACCACAAGGCCCACCUGGAGUUCCAGGGGCACCGGGUCCAGCCGGUUUGGAAGGCAAGGCCGGAGUUCCUGGUUUACAAGGUCAAAGGGGCAAGAAGGGUGAAGUUGGUCUCCCGGGACUCGAUGGCUUGCCUGGACCUCAGGGUCCAAUCGGGCCUCCUGGUGUUGCUGGCUCACCUGGUGCUCCAGGAUUGGCUGGAGAAACUGGUGUUUCUGGUAAAACUGGACUGCCAGGACCAGCUGGAUCGCCUGGCAAGGAUGGAUUAAAUGGUCUUCCUGGAUUUCCGGGCCAAAAGGGAGAACAAGGAGAAAGGGGACAGGAAGGUUUUCCUGGGAAAGCUGGUCCCAAGGGUGAGAGAGGAGAUCACGGCUCACCUGGUCUAGCCGGUGAGAAGGGUGAAGCAGGCCUUCCUGGUCCCCAGGGGUUACCUGGGAAGAGGGGAGAAAAGGGAGAUCAGGGUGAAAAAGGAAGAGCUGGACUCACCGGACUCAAAGGCGAAAGCGGUGAAAAGGGUGACGUGGGUCCUGCUGGUCCCCCCGGUUUACCCGGAACAACAGCCCUGUUUACCCCACACCCUCAGAUUCCUGGAGAAACUGGGCCAAAGGGAGAGAAAGGAGAUCGAGGAAACAGCGGGGAACCCGGACUGCCUGGUGUCCCAGGUGAAAUGGGGCUGCCAGGACCUCCAGGACCACAGGGUGCGAAGGGACAGGCAGGAGCCGGAGGCGAGCCAGGAGUCCGUGGAGAGACUGGUGCUCCUGGACCUGUUGGGCCCCCAGGUCCACAAGGCUUGCCAGGAAAUGUGGGUGUACCUGGAGACGCUGGCCAACCCGGAAAGGAUGGACAAAAGGGUGAAAAGGGUGACCCAGGACAGGAAGGAAAACCAGGACUACCUGGGCUCGCAGGUGAGCCUGGCCCUGCUGGAAUACCUGGCUUACCAGGGAAGGGUAAAGAUGGAGAACGGGGUGAAAGAGGCCCCCCAGGCCUACCAGGACCCCUCGGACACAAGGGAGAUAGGGGAGUUCCUGGUCUUCCUGGCCAGCCGGGAGACAGAGGUGCACCAGGAGUUGGAGUAGCUGGACCUCCUGGCCCUGUGGGACCAGCAGGAGACAAAGGGCCAUCGGGCCCUCGAGGUUUACCAGGUGUUCCAGGCCCACAGGGGCCAACAGGGCAGGAUGGUUUACCUGGAAAUCCCGGGGACAUAGGACCUCCUGGAAAGCCAGGUGCCUCCUCCCUGCUUUCUCCUGAGGACAUAAAUCUUUUAGUCAAGGAUGUGUGUAAUGACUGCCCACCUGGCCCCCCGGGGCUCCCUGGAGUGCCAGGCUUCAAGGGGGAUAGAGGUGCCCAAGGACCUCCGGGUAGAGAUGGCCUGAAUGGGAAAAUGGGCGAUCCUGGACCCCGGGGUCUCCCAGGCCCUCCAGGGGUGGAUGGUCCAAAGGGCACUAAAGGAGACCGUGGGACAUCUGGAGAUGCUGGACCAAAAGGUGGACAGGGUCACCCUGGAAUGCCUGGCUUCGCGGGACCUCCUGGAAACCCAGGGCCCCCUGGACCAGAUGGCAAACCAGGACCUGCAGGACCCCCAGGAAUGCCUGGGGAUACAGGUAAAGAUGGCCCACCAGGUCUCCUGGGCCCACCAGGACUGCCUGGCCUUCAGGGCAUUGACGGCAAGGAUGGCAAGCCUGGAUCUCCCGGGGAACCGGGCAAACCAGGAGAACCUGGGCUCCCAGGCCAAGAGGGGGCCAGAGGGUUACCGGGCUUCAAGGGGCACAGAGGAGAUGCAGGUCCCCCAGGCCCCAGGGGAGAGCCAGGCGUGACCGGUCCUGCUGGUCGUGAGGGCCCGCCGGGGAAGGAUGGUGAUACAGGCCCCACAGGACCUCAAGGUCCUCGAGGACUCAGAGGGCAGCCAGGCAAGAGUGGCUCACCCGGCGCCCCAGGGGAAGCUGGCCUUGCAGGUAACCCAGGUCCAAAAGGAAACAAAGGAGAAAAUGGCAGCCCUGGACUUCCUGGCUUCAUUGGGCCCCGAGGCCCUCCAGGAGAUUCGGGAGAGAAGGGGCCCCCAGGAAAAGAGGGCGCAGCCGGGAAACCAGGCAACCAUGGACCCAAAGGAGACAGGGGAGAUCCUGGCGUCAAAGGUGACAAAGGCCCACAGGGAGAGAAAGGUCUGCCUGGGGAUCCUGGCAUACCUGGCCAUAAAGGCCACACUGGAUUGAUGGGUCCCCAAGGACCACCAGGAGACAGUGGGCCAGCUGGACCUCCAGGGCCCCCAGGACAGCCAGGCUUCCCCGGGCCCAGGGGGGACUCUCCAUCGCUGGAGACUCUGAGACGGCUCAUCCAAGAGGAGUUAGGAAAGCAGCUAGAUGCAAAACUAGCCUAUCUCAUGACUCAGAUGCAGCCAGCGCACGUUAAAGCACCCCAAGGCAGGCCAGGGCCUCCGGGGUCUCCCGGUAAGGAAGGGCUCCCAGGAAGACCUGGCCCUCCAGGAGAGCCCGGCCGACCUGGACAGACAGGGUCUGAAGGGCCAUCAGGACCAGUGGGUCCAAAAGGUGAAAGAGGUGUGAAGGGUGAGAGAGGAGAUCCUGGUGUUGGUCAGAGGGGUGAAAUUGGUCCUCCAGGAAUUCCAGGCCUCCCAGGGGAACCUGGCUAUAGCAAAGAUGGGAUGCCAGGAGCACCAGGCCCACAAGGGGAAGCUGGAGUUCCAGGCCUCAUGGGCCCACAGGGACCUCCAGGAACCAGUGGACAGUGCGAUCCCUCUCAGUGUGCUUACUAUGCAAGUCUGGCCGCCCGGCCUGGCAAUGUCAAAGGGCCCUAG